AUGGCCGCACGAUCUUGUGCAACUUAUGGCGGCCGCUGGGUAGCUGACAUCAUGCAUGAAUACAACGAAUACGUUUCUUUAGGAUCUAGAGGUGGUGGGCAGUCGAUCAAAUGCAUCUUCAAAUGGCCGGACGAUCUUGUGCAACUUCUGGGGAAAGGCAUCCAUCAUGAGCCACAGAUGGUAGCCAUUGGGCCUUACCACCACGGCCGAAAGCACCUGCAGCCCAUGGAGGAUCACAAGAAGAAAGCACUCUUCAGGUUGCUCAGCUUGAGCCACGGACUUGAAGUAUCUAACUUCGUGAGAGCCCUGAAACAACGGGAGCUCCUGCUCCGCGAUCACUAUGACAUGCUGAACACAACAAACUGGCCAUCAGUUUCUUUCAUAAAGGUGAUGCUUCUCGAUGGCUGCUUCCUUCUUGACAUCCUUUACGAAUUAGACACAUUGGUGGAACCGCCAUUGGAUCAGUCCAUCCGCAAGCAGCUCCUUAACACUUAUGGCCACGCUGUGCUCAUUCGGGACAUAUUAUAUUUGCUGGAGAACCAAAUUUCUGGCCUCGACUUGGAUGUGUUGAUUGAUGUAGGACUCCGCAAAUGUUUCCCAGACCCAUCCGAGAGGCCGAUGUUUUCUGAGGCUUUACAUCUUCUAGAACUUGGGAGAAGGUUUUUGCUUGGUCCUAAGGCGUUUACUGACAGCAAGCCCUGCGAUAGCCCCUCAAAUGUUCCAGAACCAGUUUCCCGACGCUGUUGGCCAGAGAAGCAGGCUUCUGGCCAACAGGUUGAUCGUCCGAGGACAGGCAUCAUGGAUUUAGCAAUUGCGAUUCUACCCAAGAAAGAAAAGUUUGUUCAGCAGGAUUGGGGAAUUCUCACCCUCCCUGAGCUACUGGACGAGACAUCGGAAGGAAUGUUCACGAACAUGGUGGCCUUUGAGCGCAUGUACCCAUGUGCAGGCACUGGCGUCACGUCCUUCCUGUCCUUCAUGGACGCUCUCAUAGACACCGCUGAGGACGUGAGCUUCCUAGGCAAUGAAGGGAUCUUGAAGAACAACCUCAACAGCGACGAGGCGGCGGCCAAGAUACGCAUCCUCUAA